UUUUCCGAAUUUGAAUAGAACGAAAAACUUGAAUUUCGUUUAUGCUCUGUCCCGUCCGCAAAACUUGUAAAUUUAAUUGCAUAUAAAUUGUAUACUAAAGAAUUUCUUUGUGAACUUCUAAUUUGUUGGUGAAAAUAUUGUUUGUUCAAUAUAAACAGCUCCAAAUGAGUGAAUCAUUGGAUCAAGCUUGCUACAAAUGGACUGAUGAAGCUAUUUCAAAAUUGAUUCAGCUGAGGUAUGAGAGACGGGAAGAUUUCAGAACAGCUGGCAGAAGAUCAAAGGAUGCCUGGUUGAAAAUAGUCCUUGAUUUACAUUUGGAGAAUCAAAUAACAGCUGAUGAAUGCAGUGAGCAAUGGUCUUAUCUUGUAGCAAAAUUCAAGGAAGUGGAACGUAAAAUAUCUGAUGGAACAUGCGAUGAAGAGCUUGGCUGGCCUCAUUACAAUCAAAUGCAAUCAGUUGUCAGUAAACUCGAAACUUAUGAAGAUCCAUUUAUAUUAUCAUCAGGAAAUGGAGAUGAGAUUACGAAUGUACAGUUUUCAGAUGCAAACGGUCAUGCAUCAAAUGGUGGUAAUUUUACUAGGCAUCAAUCAAACAGGAGUAGUAAAAGGGAUGAACUGGAUGAAAGAUUUGUCAAUGCUGUGGAGGAAGGAAAUCGACUGCUCGAAGCAAUGCACUCUACUUUUGAAAAACAGGGAGAUAUGUUUAUAGAUUUAAUGGCAAAAUUUGUUGGCAUGUUUGAAAACCAUGCUGGAGAAGAUGUAUCAAUGGAAUAGUGUGUUUUAUCUUCAUCUUAUCAUUUAUUUUCUUUUUAAAAUCUGCUCUGGAAUUGUGUCAUGGCCAGGCCCUGAUUAAUGCAUUAGCCAACUGGACUCCUAAGGAUCAUGGCCUUUUUUUUUUUCCCCAAGUUAUAUCAUAAGUAAUAAAAUUUGCAUUUAUUAGGCUUUCAAUUUAAACUAAAACAAAAUAUGUGUGAAAAUAUUUUUCCUUAAUAAGUAUUUUUCUUUGAUAAUUUUAUUAUUUCUGGUUUAAAUCAAACAUUUUAUAUAUUUCCUUGACAAAUCUUCUUAUGAUAUUACACUGACAUUAUGGUGUAGUUUGUACAAGUAUAGUAAAUACUGCAUCUAAACAAGAAGCCGUUUUAAAUGUAUUCAUACCACUAAUAUUUAAAUAUUUAGAGUUUUCAAUUUUAACCUUUAAAAAGGAAUCUACUGCUCAAAAAUUGGUAUGAAUGCAAAUAAAGUGCAAUUUGAAAAAUCCAAGUUGAGUAUUGAUGUGAAUUGGUGUUUAUGGGUUUGUGUAAUUAUGCAUACUGAAGCACAAGAACUACUUAAAAUACUAUGAUGAUGUACUAUCUAUUAUGGGAAUGAUGGUAUGUGGUGCAGUUAGAGGAGAGGGUCUUGAACUCUGGGCCAUGGGCCCCACUAUAGCUUGUUUGGGCUCUGGUCAUGGCUAUCUAAAUAUUGACACCCAAAUAUCAGGAAGCAACAUAAAUUUUCUUCAGACUUCUUUCAAAUUUCAUUUUGAUACUGUUAGAUAAUUUACAGAAGGCAUAAGAAUAUUUAUAUAAGCGUAAGGACAAAUAAUUGUUUUAAUGAAUGGGUCUUAAUUUAAAACUGUAAAGGGGAGUGGGGUCUCUCUCUUAUAGAUGUGAAAUUUUUCCUUUAUUGCUGUAAGUUAAAAUUAACAGUAAUUUCUUAAAAAUGUUCAAAAAAAUUAUUCAUUAACUUAUUUUUUCUUCCUUUGUGUUUGAAGUUAUGUGUACAUAGUUUUAUCAGUUUGAGAUAUUUCAUUUUCAUUCAUCUAUCUUAGUUUAAUGUUUUUCUAGCUUUGUAUUGUCUGAAGUUGUUAUGUGUACAUAUCCUUAUCAGUUUGAGAUAUUUCAUUCAUCUAUCUUAGUUUAAUGAUUAAAUAAAAUAUUAUAAA